CAUAUCGGCAGGGAGGCCCAAGCUCCCCGAGUUCUAAAAGCCUAUAUAUGAAGAUACAAACCCUUUUCCUGCAGCGACGAAACCAUCUGUCUAUGAACUGAAGCUCAUUGACACGGAUUUAUAAACCCCCCUCUGCCGCAAGUGUCGAGGUCUGAUUACUGCCUGAUUUAUAUUUAAAAGAAUGGUCCACAUAGCGAUAGUAGGAGCAGGAAACGUCGGGCGUGAAAUCGUCGAGGAACUCGCAGCGCAGGGAAAACAUCAAAUCACCGUCUUUUCGCGAAAGGCUGAGCUGCCUGAGUUCUCAAACCCUGGUAUUGCUGUGAAAAGGGUUGAUUAUAAGAAUCGAGAUGAGCUCGUCGAUUCCCUGAAAGGUGUCAAUACGGUCUUGUCCUUUGUCAGCAAUGACCCUGAAAGCAAGACGCAAAAGGCACUCAUCGACGCAUGUAUAGCCGCUGGGGUCAGAAGAUUUGCACCAAGCGAGUGGGGCCAGCGGAGCGAUGCAUACCUGCCAGGCCAAGAGUUCAAGAGGGAGGUCCACAGAUAUCUUCAAGACAUAAAUGCCGACAGGCAAGUGCUGGAAUAUUGCUUGUUUCAACCAGGGCUCUUCAUGAAUUACUUGGCAUACCCAUAUAAGACAACCCGGUACCUGCACAUUACACCGCUUUUUCUGAGUGUAAAAGAGAAGCAAGCUAUCCAGGUGGAUGAUGGAGCAGACUGGCUUGUCUUCACAGACAUUCAAGACAUGGCGAAAGUUGUCGCGCGAGCAAUCGACUAUCAAGGAAAUUGGCCGGAGAUCGGCGGUAUGGUUGGAAGUAGGAUCAAGAUGAAAGAUCUGAUCAAGCUUGUCGAAGAUGUCUUAGGAGAGUCAUUGACGAUUCAUACCGUAAAGCGGGAAGACCUUGAGAAGGGGCAGGCACAUCUGCCUUGGGUGCCGCCGCUCAGCCAUCCGAAAAUCCCCGUCGAGCAGCAAGAGGCUGUCGCGCGGCGGAUAUUUCCGGAAUUCCUCAUGGCCGGGGUCCGUGGAGAUAUCGACGUGGAGCCAAGCUGGAACAAGAUCAUGCCGGAUUACGAGUUCACAGACAUCGAGGCCUUGCUGCGGAGGGCUUUGCCGCAGAAAAGCUGA